AUGCCCUUACAGCUGAACGCCUUCAAGCCCAGCGACGCGGCACUUUCGGGCGUGCAGGCGUUUGCAUUGCCCUCGCGCCCGGUGUGGGGAUCCUUGGUGGUGAAUGCACUGAUUGGCACCAAUCUCAGCGAUGUGCUCUGGGCGUACGCGGUGCAGCUGACGACACCUUUGACGGCCACGCUGGGACUGUCCCUUACCGUGCCCUUCGGCAUGAUCUCAGAUGUGCUGCUCCGCGGGAAGGAGUUUGACGCCCAGUACAUCUGUGGCUCUCUGCUUGUCCUCCUGGGAUUUUUCCUGGUCAGCGUGGCGCAGCAAGCAGCUUGCCCGAUAUAG